GGCACCUCCUCUUCAGCCUCUUGGGGCACCAGGACGUGGUCAGAGAUCUGAGCUUCGCUCCCAACGGAAGCCUCAUCCUUGUGUCGGCCUCGCGGGACAAGACCUUGCGUGUCUGGGACCUGAGCAGGGAUGGUAGGAGUGCGCGGGGACGUCUGCGGCGCUGGGUCGUCACCGGCUGGCACUGGGCUCCACUGCGGGAAAGGCGGGAAAACCCACUUCGGCUCCUGAGGAUCUGGGCCUUGGAGCUGCGGUCUCCGGUGGCGUUUGCUCCCAUGACCAACGGCCUGUGCUGCAUGUACUUCCCGCACGGCGGUUUCAUUGCCACGGGGACCAGGGAUGGCCAUGUCCAGUUCUGGAGUGCUCCCAGGGUCCUCUCGUCGCUCAAGCACUUGUGUCGCAAAGCUCUCCGCACCUUCCUGACGACGUACCAGGUCCUCGCGCUCCCCAUUCCCAGGAAGCUGAAGGAAUUCCUCACUUACCGGACUUUUUAA